GGCAUCUAAAUUCAGAUAUAAAUAUAUCUAUUGUAAAACUGACUUACGCGAAGUGCAAGAGACUACCAAAGAUACGUACAUACAAAAGAAUACGUAGAAGAUACAGUGCAUUCUGGCAUCAAAUCUUCUAACGAAGAUAUUGCAGCAUCGGACAGUUAUUACGAACUGUUUUACCGACAAUCGGUUAAACCACUUUCUAUAGCACUCAGCGGGUAACAAUAUUACUAUAGGAAAGCGAACCAAAUCGAUAAGUUCUCUUAGUAAAGUUCCUAUGGGAAAGAUGGCAGGAAUGACGCGCCUUUUCACGUCGUUAGCAUAACAGAAGAUUUAAUCAAGCAAAUGGUGUGUAGCAUUAGAGUCAAAAAAUGGCGUUCUACCUGUCAACCGUUUUCUUGCUAUCAACCGUGGUGGCUCUUGCGACAAGUCAGACUUUCCAGUACAGCCGUGGAUGGACAAAUGGAAAGCGAGCCGAGAAUUCCGUGCUACCUGGAAUUCCCACUGCAGAAUUCAAGCUCUCGGGUUCAUCCGUUCAAAGUUCCGGCGCUCGAAUGAUGGACGUGCCGACGCCCUGUCAGUUGCAAAAGCUUAAAAUGUUGUUGCAGGGCAACGGAAACGAGCAGCUCUACCUGUUACCAUGUGAACUUUUGAGCGUCCCACGUGUCUCGCUUGCGGAUUUUCCCAUGGGACAUUUUCGACGUGGCUCCACACUGGAAAGUAACAAUAACUAUUGAGAUCUUACAUAAAUCUAUUUGUCUCCAUG